GAAUGCCGAGCUCGAGGUUGCCUGAUGCUCAGUAAAGUGUUUGCUACGCACCGAGACACGCGUCCAUUGAUUCUUUCUCGAAUGUUGUAACGUUACCGGUAGCAAAACAUUUUGCAUGUCUUGCCUGUGCGAUUGUGUGAUUAGUGUUAAAUAUAGGUGACGCAAAAUAAUUAAAUCGCUUUAAGGGUUAAGAUAUGCUGAAAAGUACAUUUUUAAUAAACCGGUAGAGAAACACCAACCUCUAUCCCAAUGAUAAAGUAUAUUGCGCAAACGUAAACUGGACCAAAAACUAUUUAGCGAGAGCGACUCUUACAACUAUGGAGCAAUACUUUAUGGCCCUGGCGGCAGUUUUGUCGUUAGUCACUACAGAAGUGACAUCACUACAGUGCUACCAGUGCCUUAUCAAUCCACCCCCUGGCCAGUAUUACAACACGACGAAACGGCUUUGCAUGCAUUUCGACAAAUCUGAUAAAUUCGUCGUCGACUGUCCUUUCUCUACAAUGUGCAUGAAGCAAGAAUUUCAUCUUGACAUACAAAAUGGAGUAAGAAUCACAGGAGUUCUACGAAAUUGUGCAACCCAGAAACACGACUACCACGACUAUAAGAACGGCACAUGGUCACCUAAGACGGAAAUAUUAGAGCCUUAUGAAGAGGGAUGCUCUCACACCGACGACAAAGGGGAAAGGACUACUCCAACAAGAUACUGCUACUGUCGGGAGAACCUAUGUAAUUCGUCAACAAACACAAACCACGAGGGAUACACUGACAUCAUGGGAGUCAUAAUGGUGUUUAAUCUAAUGAAAUAUAUAAACAGUCUUAGGUAGUCAAAGACUUCAGUAGGUUUAUUUGGAAUUUUAACAUUUGUAUGUGUGUACGAAUCAGCUUAAUUAAAUCAUAAAAUAAAUUAUUAUUUAUGAAAAUAAUUAUUAAGAUAUCGAUAUAAUGACAAUGCAGAAGCAUGUAAUGCAACGAUUUUUAAUUACACGAAGGCAUAU